AUCAAAGUGUCAGUGGCAUCGACCGAGGUGGUUGUGUAGUAAUAACGUAGGAAAAUGUGGUCUACAGCAGAAACGAAGAUUAAAACAAUAAAAUGAUUGUUCAGAAUACUUUAAAUCUAAAUAAACAGUUACUGGUCUCAUGACCAUUUAACUGCCAUUGCUGUAUAAAAUAAGCCAAAUGGGUGACGUUGUAAGCUUAUUUUCUGUGAUAAUAAUGAAAUUUAAAUCUAAGUUCAAUGAAAGUAAAAUUUAUUUCCACUAUGAUCUUCCCUGGGAAAAGCUGAAGAACGUGAAAUGGAUGAACGAAAGGGCCACAUCUAAUAAGGCGUACGUUCCAACUACUGUGGAGAAUGUAGCGAACGUAUGUACGCAUGCAUUAUGUGUUGCACCCGCGUCAUACGGCGCGCGGGAGCUUUUGACACGUUCUUCGAACGCGCCACAAGCGAUCGCAGCCGUGGUAUACGGCUUAGCGCUGUGCCUCCUUUUUGCUGUCUCAACCACCUUCCACUCCGUAUGCUGCAGUCGGUCUGACACUAAGGUGAAACACUUCCUGCAUCGGUGCGACCGUGCGAUGAUUUACAUCUUCAUCGCGAGCUCCUACUUCCCCUGGCUGACGGUGGGCACGGUCUCAUGUUGGAUGCUGCGUGAGCUGCGCUGGGCAAUCUGGUUGUUGGCGGUGCUCGGCAUCACCUACCAGCAGAUAUUCCACGAGCGAUACAAAAUGCUGGAGCUGCUGUUGUACCUCGUCAUGGGGCUGGGCCCUGCGGCUAUUAUAGUCACCUCAAACCACCAGUUUCCAGCGAUGUCAGAUCUGAAGCUCGGCGGUAUGCUGUACCUAGUGGGCGUGUUCUUCUUCAAGUCCGACGGCCGGAUCCCGUUCGCGCACGCCAUCUGGCAUAUGUUCGUAGCUCUCGCCGCAUCCGUUCACUACCUCGCCAUACUCCGACACCUAUUCCCAGAACUAAAACCUUAAAGACUGCCCAUCAUUCUAUUGAAUCUCGAUUAGUAGAGCUCUCUAACUAUUUUUGUAUCUCAACUUGACCUCAAGGCCGCAGAUUAAAUAAUUUACUCCAAUCGUCGUACCCAUUCACGAGUUGAUGAUCGCACUUUUGUACAUCCAUUCUGUGGCUUUUGUACGGGGCCGGUAAUACGUUACAUGUCGAUGUAUCGAGUCAUUUAAUUUUAUAUUUAUACUCAGAUCUCUAUUCCAUGCUUUUGAUUUCGUUUUAUAGAUCUGAUUGUGAUUGCAUAUCUCCAUACUUGUGCUUACUACGACGUUGAGCAUAAGUUUAUAUACCUAGAUCUGAAUAAGCCAUAGUUAACGUUGUCAUAUUUCGUAGUCGUAUGUUGAGAUAGUUAUUAUAGUAUAGUAUAUGUUAAUUAUUUUUCGUAAAGUGGUUGUUCCUUAGUAUACAGAUAGACAGCAUGGACCGCGUUAGGCCAAAUACUGAAAUAAUGAUUGAACGUGUGUAUAUUUUGUAAGAUAUAUGUUGAAUGUUAUUGUUGUAGUGUUCGUAGUAGAAUAGUCUCAUAAUCUCAAGACCAAUCCAACCCUUUUUUGAAUAUCUAUAUAUAAGUGUCAAGGGGUUUUUAGAGAACUUUAUAUACUUAUAUAAAAUCCAAUUUUUUCAGCAAGAUCUUUUAUACACCUCAAUGUGACUUUACCUUAGGGUAGCUCGUUAUACAUUUUAGCAUAGCUAGUUCAAUGUACCGUUUCCUAAAUCAGGUAGAUUUUAAUCUUACGGUAUUAAAGUGUCCUAUUUCAUAUGAUUUCCUUCAGUAUAUAUUAAGAAUUAUUAAUUGUCCCACUUUUAGAUAAUUUAAGAAUUGCUCAAUCGUAUUACUAGUUAAUUUUUUUGCUAGACUUCCAGAUCUUAUAUUGAUAUUUUAGUGAAACGCGUGCAAACGUUCACGUAUAGCACGAUGAUGACUUCACUAACAAUUUAAUAUUGUUAAGUGAACUUGCAAAUGUGUUGUAGAAUAAUUAUCACUUGUCAUUGUUCCUUGUAUUGUAACACAAUCGAGUUUGUUUUAAAGUAGGACAUUCCAGCAAGACAAAUGCUGUAAUUAUGUUCGCCUACUCAAUGCACAUAUAACACCCAACUACCACCUUAAAGUUUGUAAAAUGCGUUCCAAAAUAUACCGAUUAUUUAAUCACAAACGAUGGCCUAGACAUCGAAAGCAAACGCGCGAUUAUCGAACAGUGUUUAUUUUAUGGCUGUAUGACCUAAGAAAUGAGGUUUAAAAUUAAAUAAUUCGGACACACACCCAAUUAUAGCGAUUCUUUUUGCCAAAUAGAUCUUUAUCUAUUAUGUUUUAGGUAGGAUACAGAUUGAAAUUGAAUUUAAUAUUUUUAAUUGAUAC